GUCCCGCUCCGCCGCUGCGAGCCCUCAGUGUCUGGAUCCGUGUUGUAGAUAGAUGGGCUACAUGCCACACGCCAUUAGCCUACAGGCUGCAAAGGUUGAAAGUUUGAUUUCGCUUUUUUUUCCUCUUUGUCUUCUUUCUGGGGCUUGUUUCUCCUUUGCUUGGAUACUACUGACUUAGGCAUUGGAUAUGUGCACACAGGAUGAUGACAACCCCUUUCCUCCCCGUAGAAGUAAAAUAAAAUAGGCUUUCGCACACACUGGAUUUACUCCUGUCGUUCCAUAUGAAGAAGUCAAAAAUUUGGAUAGGCAUCUGUGUCCAUUUACUGCUGUUCAUCACGCUUGGGGUACAUUCAAGUAAAUUUGACGUCAACCCAGUGACAGAUGACAUCUCAAGACUCUCUAUUUUGAGACAAAAUAUUCCUAAAGAUUACAAAAUUCCUGUACAUUACGUUCCAAAAGAAGAGGGGGGGAUGUGUUGGGUAAAAUUAAAUGUCUUCUACUUGGAGGAGAGUUUACAAGAUUUAGCACAUAAGUUUGGAAACAUUUCAUCCAACAGAAAAGAUAUUAGCAUAUUCAUCCAAAUGCUCCAAGAACUGCGGCUCAACAUGGUGUCUGUGGAGCCGAUCAUGUAUGAUUUUGAGUGCCACUACAGGGAAGAGAGGUGGCAGACAACGCAAUACUUUGACUUUGUCAAAGACUUCCUUAUAGCUGCACAGAAUAGGGAAGAUUCAGAUGACUGUGAUCCUCCUCCUUGUCCCACCACACCAUACACAGUAACAACAGAAGAAUAUUUAGAAGAAUCACCCAAGUCGAGCAGUAAAGGCCCAGGGUGUGCAACAGGCUGCAAUCAACAUCAUGAACCGAGCUCCCUGACUGAGGUGGUGGAGCGAAGCCUUCUCUCCUUACUGUUCAUUCCACUCCUAGCCCUCGUAUUCCUGCUUGUGUGGAAGGUCCGAUCACGGAGGAACGAGGAGGAUCUUCAACAGAAUCCUGGAGAAGGUGGACUCUUCACAGGAACAGAAGGGACUGCACCUCCACUAGAUGCUCAAAUAUCAGAAAAAAACAAGUUGAACGUCAUUGAAACAGUGUAAUGCUUUGACCCUUCGAUGUUCUUCAGUGUAAUUGGGCUCUACUCUUUUCUCCUGUUGGUGUCCAAAGAUGAUGAAAAACAAACAUGAAGCUGAAUUCAAUAGUGAGGUUUUGACUGCUCUCCAGAUUCAUGAUGGCAGAUUCACAAUUGUGAAUGACCAAGAUUCUUCUGGUUGACCACGCCUCCUGCUACCAUAUGGAUAAGCUUGCCUUUAUUGUAAGACUGCAUUAACCCCAUGCUUUUUAAAAAGACUGAGAUUUUAGCAGAGAGAAACCCCCGUACCACACCCUCACUGGAUUCUCUGGCUCCUGUGAAUCAUCCAUCAGAACCUGCUGCAUCAUGAACUCUUUGGGGAAAACUUUGCUUCCCCCUCAGCACGUUGCUACAGUCUGCGUGUGUUUUGGGGCCCGCCAGUUCAUCUUCAAACAGCAAAGCAGAGAGUGACUGACACUGGUUAUCUCUUGUGUGAACUGAGGCAUGAAUUACUACCUCCGGUGACCCUCACGUUAACCACAUCCUCAACAGCUCUACAGUUUGCUCUUAGUCUGGGGUUUCCCAAAGAAUAUAAUGUUAAACAUUGUAGUUCCAAGGUGUAGUCACAUUGUCUGGUUUAGGCAUGUACCCACGGGGGUGUAUGAUGUAUUUAUUUAUUGGUGGCGGCACUGAGCUGCUGCUGUUGAUACAACUGCAAUGUUUCAAGCGAUCAUUUAAGAGCACCUCUACUAAUGGGUCACAUAUAAAGAACAAUCUGUGUACUAACAUAUCGUAAACCCAAAAAACACAUUCCUGAACAAGUUACAUUUCCUUGUAUGAUGUUGUUGUUGUUGUUGUUGUUUGUUGUUGUUGUCGGUAUAUAUGACGUGGGUGAUUUAGGUUUGUGUGAAUGGAUUACAUGGAGAAAAAAAACACAUAUACAAAAUAUGCUGCUUUGACUAACUUACGUUUAGACUAUUGAAAUCUGCAAUGACUUUCUGCUAACAAGUAUCAGGGAUGACUUCUGUGGAUCCAGGAUUUUUUAAAAAAAAAAGGUGAAUUCAGAACAUAGUAAGAGAAUGAUGGGCCUCCCAUAGUAAAUGUUAGCUCAACAAUGCCUUUAUUUUUUACUUAUCUCACCUUUAUGCUUGCAAGGCAAAAACAGUUACAGGAGAGAUUUUUGACGGCCAUUCCUCUAUGAAAGAAACGAAAUCACAAAAACUUGUAAAAGGAAGAAACUUUUGUAAAAAGAAAGUUUGUAAAAAGAAAAUGAUAUGUAAUACACAAAUGCUAUGAUGUAAAAUUUUAAAUCAAGCUAUCAAUUCUUGACUGUUCACUCAACUACCAAAUAUACUCGUGAAUCAAACCCAUUAACUUACGCUGUUCACUCACAUGGUUUCAUCUGUUUUUACUGACUUUGCCUUUGUCCAGUAUGAGGGUUGUGCUUGCAUAAUAAAACCCAUUAUAGACAAUCUGA